CGUAACGCGGGGGAUGGCGUAACGCGGGGAAUUCACCCCGCCGAUUUCUGAUAACUGUGAAUAACUCAACAAUGGUUCGCUGUAAAAGCCUGGGUGUUGCUGAGCGUGAAACUUUAAUAGCCCAGGCAGUAUUAGACGUCCAAUCUAAGAAGUAUAAGAGUGCAUAUCACGCUGAGAAAGUGCUGGGGCUGCCGAAGAGUUCAGUGACGCGACGCGUCAAUGGAGGUUUGACACGCUCCCAAGCCUGCCAGAAACAGCAGAAUUUAUCAGGCGCGCAAGAACAGAUACUUCUAAAGUGGAUUAAAAACCUAACAAUCAGCGGCUAUUCUCCAGGGCAUCGGUUGUUGAAGGAAAUAGCUGAAGAACUCCGGUCGCACCGGUCACUCAAUUUUGACGACGCGACGCCAAACUUACUUCUACCCCAACCACGAUUUUCCCUCGGUCGCGACUGGGUACCACGAUUCAUACAACGACAUCCCCAUCUACAGGUCGCUAUUGGGCGACGGAUCGAAACUGUACGCAUGGACGGUGCAACAAAACCAGUGCUUACGGCAUGGUUUAACGCGUACACCAAGGUGGUUCAAGAGUUUGGAAUCACGCAAGAGAACACAUAUAACAUGGAUGAAUCCGGAUUUUCGAUUGGGACAAUGGAAUCUACUCGAAUUAUACUUGAUUCAACACUUCGUACGAAGCAUCAAGCGCAUCCUGGCCAUCAGGAAUGGGUUUCGAUGGUUGAGUGCAUCUGCGCAGACGGAACCAUCCUCCCACCCUCGGGAUCUUUAAGGGCAAGAACGUUCUCCAAUCAUGGAUUCCGCCUGCAGUCAUCGACCAGUGGUUCUUCUCUGCGAAUACGAAAGGCUGGACAAGCAACCUCCAUGGGUUGGAGUGGUUAAAACGCAUCUUUGAGCCAACAACACGGGUAAAAGUAGAUGGUCAGCACCGGCUUCUUAUAUGCGACGGCCACGACUUACACAUUAGUGGGAGUUUCAUUUGCAUUACAUACAGAACCAUAUUAUAUUACUGAUACUUCCCC